AUGGCGCCAUGGACACUCGUCUCUCCCGCAAGUCGUGGAAUUGGCUUCCAUCUCACGAGACAUCUCCUCCGGAACACCACACUUCCUGUUGUAGCGACGGCGAGGAAAGAUAUUGAAGGAGUGAGAAAGUCCAUGUUAGAAGGGUUGAAGGACGUCGAUGAGGAAAGACUAAAGGUAUUGAGUCUAGAUGUGACCGAUGAAUCCACAAUCUCCAACGCAGCCGAAGAAACCAAGAACCUCUUCCCACUAGACAAGAACCAUCUGCACCUAGCAUUCUGCAUUCCAGGAAUUCUAUACCCAGAGAAAUCACCAGCUCAGCUCGAGCACGAGCAACUCACGCACGCCUUCGCCGUCAACACUAUCGGGCCCCUGUUAAUGUUCAAGCACUUCAGCAACUUCCUCCCCAAGAAAUCCACAGAUAUGUCGCUCCCCACCUCGCUAAUCACGCUUCCUACCCAAGCAGUCUGGCUUAACAUGUCCGCGCGCGUCGGUUCUACCACGGACAACAGACUCGGAGGCUGGUAUUCGUACCGCGCUAGCAAAGCGGCUGUGAAUUCUGUGACCAAGGGCGAGGACAUUUUUGUGCGGCAGAGGAGUGGGGAUAACGCGAUGACGGGGUUGAGUAGGGAGUUUUGGGCGGGGGUGUCGGAGGAGAAGCUUUUUACGCCGGAGUUUGCGGUGGAGAAGAUGGUGGGGGUUGCGGGGAGUGUUGGGUUACAGGGACGGGGGAGGUGUUGGGACUGGAUGCUGGAGGAGGUCUUG